CCAACAAGCGUUUUUGUUUUGUCAGAGCUACCGCUGCGCACUUGUUCGACUACAAAUACCUACUUGGUAUAACAAAACAAGUGGACAUCAAAACAAACAUUUUCACUUUUUAUUCGCACAUCACCGCCGUGUCCGCUGCCAGUACGGGUUUGCACACUUCGGAGUUAACUUCGUUCUCGUGGUUACUAUCGAAGUAUUAGUAUAAAUUGUUAGCUUAUACAUUACAGCUCAGUGGUGCGUAGUUUGAUGAGUUAUAAAUAAAAAAGGAAAUCGAACGCUCCGAAGACAUGAUAUUUCCCGUCGACUUGGUGCAGCGGCUGGGGGUGGGGGGGCGGCUCGUGCCGUUCUUCAAGUGCGUGUGCGUGUACUUCGUGGCGCGGGGCGCGGGCGACGGCGCGCCGUCCCCGGGCGCGGCCGCCGCCAAGUGCGCGCCCGUGCUGGCGCUGCUGCUGGUCGUACUGCUGCACCACGCCGCGCUGCCCUACCACAAGGGCGGGUACCCGCGCUGCGUGGCGGCCGGGCUGGCGCUGUCGGCGCUGGGCGACGCGCUGCUGGUGUGGCCGCAGCACUUCGUGGCCGGCAUGCUGGCCUUCGCGGCCGCGCACGUGGCCUACCUGGCGGCCUUCCGCGGCGGCCGGCGCGCCGCGUGGCUGGGCGCCGCGCUGUACUGCGGCGCCGCCGCGUACGUGCGCGCGCUGGCGCCGCCGGCCGGGCUGCGCGCGCUGGUGCCGCUGUACGCGCUGCUGCUGGCCAGCAUGGCGUGGCGCGGCGCGGCGCGGGGCGGCGCGGCGGCGGCGGGCGCGCUGCUGUUCCUGCUGUCGGACGCCAUCCUGGGCUACCACAUGUUCGGCGCCGCGGUGCCGCACGCGCAGGUGGCCGUCAUGUCCACGUACUACUUGGGCCAGCUCGGCAUCGCGCUCAGCGCGCUGCAGGAGCGGCCGGGGCCCUGACUGUGCUCUGCGCGCAACGCGUCACUCACGUAGUGCCUCGAUAUUUUAAUGGCCGUAGUUAGAUAUAGGUUUAUUUUUGAUGAGCGUUUACUUGGGUGAGAUGUGCCCGCACAAACAUUCGACAUGCACCUGUUGAAUGCGACCAGUCUGUGAUAUAUUUACAUUGCGAUGAAAUAUGGUCUUCUUGUAAAAUGAGGACUGUUAAUCAUUAAGUUCCUGUUACCUUGUGUUCUUUUAAAUAUAUAUGCAGUCAGAUGCAUGAGCUUCCGGAGUAGUAGCGACGUGAGAGAAGGCAGCCACAGUCACUGUGUGCCAAUGUGUAAGUAGGUAAUGCCGUGGUCUGGCCGGGAAUAACGAAUAUAAUAUCUCUAAAACCCCUCCUUUGCAAUCAGAAAACUGGGUCCAACAGCAGUCACUACUACUGUUUGGUACUACAAAGUACCGUACUGUAGAGCUUUGUGCUGCCUACAAAACAGAUGCGGUCUCACGCCAUAUCUGUGUAGCUCGUCGUUGUUCUCAAUGUUCUCGAGUCUCCUUUUAUCAUGUUCAUGUACCUACCUAGCGGCAAUGUAAAUAUGUAUAUAGGUAUAGAUAGGUACGGUACUUCACUGUUCUGUUAUUUCUAAUACUUAGUCAAUCCAAUAUUGCAAUUAAAUAGUCUUCCUGUAGCAAGAGCAAGUGUCACGUUUGUUAGUGUCAGUAUGUAGGUGGUGGUGUGUCGUCCAGUCCUAUUGUAGAUCACUCGUAAGUAC